UUUAAUAAUAAUAAUAAUAAAAAUUUGGCAUUUAAGUUCUCUAUCAUUCUCUUUCUCUCUUAGCUUUGUCUCUGCAUAUUCUUCGCAUCUCUUCAAACUUUUCUUUCGGAAUUCAAAUUCUCGCUUUUGGAAUUGGACUCUCUUAGGAAACAAGAGAGAGAGAGAGAGAGAGUUAGUUGAAUUCUGGUGGAUCUGGUCGGGAAAUUUCACCGGCGGCGAAGAAGAAAGUUUUGGACAAUGCUCCAUUAAGAGAGAGAGAGAGAGAGAGAGAGAGAGAGAGAGAGAGAGAGUUUUUGUGUGUGAAAUUUAGAUUCAGGUUUGUGGAAAGUGUAACAAUAUAAGGGGUGAACCAAUGAAAAACGGGAUGGUAGAAUGCAGUGUCUGCCAUUCGAAAUUGGUUUCCCCAAAUGCCAAAACUAUUUCAAGAGCUUAUGACCGAUAUAAGAGCAGGGUAUCAUCAAAACAACGUGCCCUCAAUUUCCUCUUGGUUGUUGGUGAUUGCUUCCUUGUUGGUCUACAGCCUAUUUUGGUUUAUAUGUCCAAGGUGGAUGGGAAAUUUGACUUUAGUCCAGUCAGUGUCAACUUUUUGACAGAAGCUGCGAAGGUUCUAUUUGCAGUUGUUAUGCUUUUUUUCCAGGCAAGGCACCAGAAAGUUGGAGAGAAGCCUCUUCUCUCAGUUUCUACAUUUGUACAGGCAGCUCGCAACAAUGUUCUUCUUGCUGUUCCAGCUUUUCUAUAUGCCAUCAAUAACUAUCUAAAGUUCACCAUGCAGCUAUAUUUUAAUCCUGCGACGGUAAAGAUGCUGAGCAAUCUGAAGGUUUUGGUGAUUGCUUGUUUGCUAAAGAUAAUAAUGAGGCGCCGGUUUUCUGUACUUCAGUGGGAAGCUCUUGCAUUAUUGCUCAUUGGAAUUAGUGUAAAUCAACUACGUUCUUUACCUGAAGGUAGUACGGCAAUGGGCCUUCCAGUUGCAACGGGUGCAUACGUUUAUACGUUGAUCUUUGUAACUGUUCCAUCAUUGGCCUCAGUCUACAAUGAGUACGCAUUGAAGAGCCAAUAUGACACAAGCAUAUAUCUUCAGAACUUAUUUUUGUAUGGGUAUGGCGCCAUCUUCAAUUUUCUGGGAAUAUUGGCAAUGGCCAUUGUCAAAGGUCCUAGUAGCUUUGACAUCCUGCAUGGUCAUUCAAGAGCUACCAUGCUUCUGAUAUGCAACAAUGCAGCUCAAGGAAUAUUGUCGUCUUUUUUCUUCAAAUAUGCAGAUACAAUAUUGAAGAAGUACUCGUCAACAGUUGCCACAAUCUUCACAGGCAUUGCAUCUGCUGUGCUGUUUGGCCAUACUUUGACUAUGAACUUUUUGUUGGGAAUUUCUAUUGUGUUUAUCUCGAUGCACCAGUUCUUUUCAUCCCUUUCAAAAGUCAAAGAUGAACAGCAGAAUGGAGUGGCGGAACUAGUGGAUCUUCAGGAUAGCCACAGAUCGAAAGAUUCAUUCAUAAAUAUGGCAGCUGGAGCAAAUGAAGAGAAUCACAUAGGGCACGAUGAAAGAAAACCUCUACUUCCCACCUAGAGUGUAGUCAAAUAUGAUAACCUUAGAAAGGAAUUUUCCGGGAAGAAAUUCUUUUGGCAGGACUUAUUGUACUAUAAAGGAGAUAAGUCAGUUGUCAGAAUUACAAAUAAAAAGGGCAAUUUCAGAAAUUAUUUUACAGAGUUGAGAUCUUUUCCUAGUUGGUACUCCAAGUUUUCCUUCAUGCAGAUACCUCAGUCAACCGGCCGCCGGAGGCUUAGAUAUAGAGAUAUAGUAAGAAAGGGUAAUUGGAUACCUGGUUCAUGAUUUAUAGCCUGGCAUUUAGUAAUGUCAAUGUUCAACAUGUAUUUUUUAUUAUCUUAGAACCCUUUUUCCCCCUAAAUGUCUUUUUUCUUUUUGAUUAUCUUUAUAGGUUUGGGGCUCAAAUCAUGAUGUGAGGAUACAGUAAAAAGAAAAUGAAAGAGAAAUGCCUUUUUUUUUUCUUUA